AUGGCCACCUUACUCCGCAGCAAGCUGUCCAAUGUGGCCACGUCCGUGUCUAACAAAUCCCAGGCCAAGGUGAGCGGCAUGUUUGCCAGGAUGGGUUUCCAGGCGGCCACGGACGAGGAGGCCGUGGGCUUCGCGCACUGCGACGACCUCGACUUUGAGCACCGACAGGGCCUACAGAUGGACAUCUUGAAAGCCGAGGGCGAGCCCGGUGGGGACGAGGGGGCCGAACCGCCCGUCGAGGGAGACAUCCAUUACCAACGCGGCGACGGCGCACCGCUGCCUCCCUCGGGCUCCAAGGACCAGGCCCUGGGGGUUGGAGGCGAGUUUGGGGGCCACGACAAGCCCAAGAUCACAGCGUGGGAGGCGGGCUGGAACGUGACCAACGCCAUCCAGGGCAUGUUCGUGCUGGGCCUACCCUACGCCAUCCUUCACGGCGGCUACCUGGGGUUGUUCCUCAUCAUCUUCGCCGCCGUGGUGUGCUGCUACACCGGCAAGAUCCUCAUCGCGUGCCUGUACGAGGAGAACGAGGACGGCGAGGUGGUGCGCGUGCGGGACUCGUACGUGGCCAUCGCCAACGCGUGCUGUGCGCCGCGCUUCCCCACGCUGGGCGGCCGCGUGGUCAACGUGGCGCAGAUCAUCGAGCUGGUGAUGACUUGCAUCCUGUACGUGGUGGUGAGCGGCAACCUCAUGUACAACAGCUUCCCGGGGUUGCCCGUGUCGCAGAAGUCCUGGUCCAUCAUCGCCACGGCGGUGCUGCUGCCCUGCGCUUUCCUGAAGAAUCUCAAGGCCGUGUCCAAGUUCAGUCUGCUGUGCACCCUGGCUCACUUCGUCAUCAACAUCCUGGUCAUCGCUUACUGCCUAUCGAGGGCGCGUGACUGGGCCUGGGAGAAGGUCAAGUUCUACAUCGAUGUCAAGAAGUUCCCCAUCUCCAUCGGCAUCAUCGUGUUCAGCUACACGUCGCAGAUCUUCCUGCCUUCCCUGGAGGGGAACAUGCAGCAGCCCAGCGAGUUCCACUGCAUGAUGAACUGGACGCACAUCGCCGCCUGCGUGCUCAAGGGUCUCUUCGCGCUCGUCGCCUAUCUCACCUGGGCCGACGAGACCAAGGAGGUCAUUACGGAUAACCUGCCCGGCUCCAUCCGCGCCGUGGUCAACAUCUUUCUGGUAGCCAAAGCGCUGUUGUCCUACCCGCUGCCCUUCUUCGCAGCCGUCGAGGUGCUGGAGAAGUCGCUCUUCCAGGAAGGCAGCCGCGCCUUCUUCCCGGCCUGCUACGGCGGCGACGGGCGCCUCAAGUCGUGGGGGCUGACGCUGCGCUGCGCCCUGGUGGUCUUCACGCUGCUCAUGGCCAUCUACGUGCCGCACUUCGCGCUGCUCAUGGGGCUCACCGGCAGCCUGACGGGCGCCGGCCUCUGCUUCCUGCUGCCCAGCCUCUUCCACCUGCGUCUGCUCUGGCGCAAGCUGUUGUGGCACCAAGUCUUCUUCGACGUCGCCAUCUUCGUCAUCGGUGGCAUCUGCAGCGUGUCCGGCUUCGUGCAUUCCCUCGAGGGCCUGAUCGAGGCCUACCGAACCAACGCGGAGGACUAG